ACUUACAAAUCGAUCAGAGAAAUGGGCCAAACUUUUGCUAAAGAAGGGGUGAGAUGUGGUAUGUCCGAUCCAGCUCAACCUCACACUCUCUCCCAUGGAGUUGGCCAAAACCCUCCAUCUGGAUGCUUUACAUGCAAAAAGCAAUCCUCAUCGACAGAAAAUUUUCAUUAUAGAUGCACCAGUUGCAAUGUGGAUUUCCACAAUGGUUGUCAUCAGCUUUUAAAGCAUAUACAACAUCCUUAUCACCUCCAACAUCUUCUCACUCUCACCAACAAAAUCAAGAUCAUAUAUGAUCAUAAGAUUACUCAGCCACAAAUCUUUCUUGCGCAAAAGCCUUUCCUCCUCUUUCUAUCACAAAUCCAAAAAGCCAUUCUCCUUUUUUUUCCCCGACCAUUCUCAAAUCCAUGUGAUGCUUGUGGGUUCGUCAAUACUUUAGAACCAAGUUAUGUUUGUUUUCAAUGUAACUACAUGGUCCAUCAGAGUUGUAUCAACUUACCACGCGUUAUAAAAAUCACGCGUCACCCACAUCGAAUCUCUUACACUCCUCACAUUCCACCUACAAUUUCACCAUGUAAGAUAUGCUACAAGACAGUUGAUUUAAAGUAUGGCAAAUAUUCUUGUAGUCACGAGGAGUGCUCUUAUUUAGUCCAUUCCAAAUGUGCAACGCAUAAGACAGUAUGGGAUGGGAGUGAACUCGAAUGGGAACCCGAAAAAGAUCUUGACAAUAUUGAAGAUAUUGAGUCAUUCAAGAAGGUGGGCGUGGAUUUGAUAAAGCAUUUCUGUCAUGACCAUCAUCUUAGGUUUGGAAAGUAUGACAAAGUUCAAGAUGAAGAUAAACAGUGUCAAGCGUGCGUAUUAUCUAUCGACUCUCAGCAUGGUUUCUAUAGAUGCACACAAUGUGAUUACUAUCUCCAUGAGAACAUGCAUUGCAUCGUCAUCGUCUAG